AUGGCUGGUGGGAAGUGGACGUUUUGCGACGUCGUGCGCCGGAGGAAGAUUAUACAGCCUCAUCAGCUUGAAGCUGGAAAUUUGAAAAGAUGCCUGAGUCUUUGGGACGUGACAGCCCUUGGGGUGGGCAGUACUCUCGGAGCUGGUGUCUACGUCAUUAUCGGUUACGCAGCCUUCAACUACGCAGGACCUUCAAUUGUGCUCUCGUUCCUGAUAGCUGGAGUUGCGGCUUUAUUUUCCGGUUUGUGUUACGCUGAAUUUGGAGCCAGAGUACCGAGAGCUGGUUCAGCAUAUGUUUACAGCUACGUGGCCAUCGGGGAGGUGGUGGCUUUCUUUAUUGGUUGGUGCAAUAUUCUUGAAGCAGCGAUGGGCGCAGCGAGCUUGGCCCGCGGUCUCAGCAUGUACGUGGACGGGAUGUGCAACAAUUCAAUAUUAGAAUGGGCAACAGCUACAAUGCCGAUCUCUUCCUCAUUCUUGUCACCGUACUUUGAUCUGCUGGCGUUUGCAUUUGUUCUUGUCAUUGGAGUACUGCUAUCAGUAGGUGGUCGAGAGUCGUCCGCCGUGAACAUCGCGUUUGUCUUGCUGAACUUGUUAGUGAUUAUACUUGUUGUCAUCGUUGGAGCUAUCAAUGCCGAUUCAGCUAACUGGAGUAUCCCAUUCACGGACGUUCCGCAAGGUAGUGGCUCUGGAGGAUUCUUCCCAUAUGGAGUAUGGGGCACACUGAAGGGCGCUGCGAUUUGCUUUUAUGGUUUUGUUGGAUUCGAUACCAUUAACGCUGCGGCCGAAGAGGUUCGAAAACCUCAAGAAACCAUUCCAAUGGUAAUAUUGAUAGUUCUGCUUACUGCAUUUGUUUGUUAUUGCGGAAUUUCUAUUGUUUUGACAAUGAUGGUGCCAUACUAUCUGCAGAACUCCACCGAUGCUAUUGGGUCAGCGUUCAUUUUCAUCGGAUGGGAGUGGAUGAAGUGGGUGGUAUUUGUUGGUGCCUUCGCUGGGAUCCUUGCCAGUUUAUUUGGGGCCUUGUUGCCUCUCCCGCGGCUGUUGUACGCCAUGUCUUCAGACGGCUUAUUGGUCAGUUGGUUUUCGAAGUUAACGUCGUCGCGCAAGUCUCCUGUUUUUGCCACGGUUUCGUCAGCUGCUGUUGUCGCCAUACUUGCUGGAGUUUUGGAGCUAGAACAACUCAUACUGAUGCUUUGUAUUGGAACGCUGCUCUCUUACACCGUAGUGGCUGUCUGCGUGAUCGUAUUAAGGUUUCGUUCAGAAUACGCUCCUCAAUCGUCUCCAGGGUUCUUCAAAGAAGUCUUCGGCUGUGGCUUCAGGCUCGCCACACAGAGCACCGCCAGGAUCGUUUACGCAGUUUUGUUUCUAUUUAUAAGCUUAUGUGUCUCUAUGGCACUCAUCUUGACUCACGUGGAAAGGCCUCUCGUACCACUGCUGGUACUACACGUACUGGCUUUGAUGCUGGUCAUUAUUAUGUCGCUUCAGCCUAAAGCGAAGGAGGAGGUAGCUUUUAAGACUCCUCUGGUGCCUCUGAUUCCCUGUCUGAGCAUAUACGUGAACGUGCACUUGAUGGCUCUCAUCAAACUUCAGACUUGGAUUAGAGUCCUGAUUUGGCUUGCUAUAGGUAUACCAGUCUACUUAUUAGGAUUAUGUUGUUUCAAAAAGAAAGACAAAGAAGAAAAGGAUAUAGUUAUGCCACACUCAGAUGAGAAUGGGAAACCACUACCUGUACAAAUAGUAGUAGAAUCACCUACGCCGCCUGAUAGUAUUAAUAGAAUUGAUAGCCACGGAGACAAUACUAUACUGGAAGAGAACGAACAAAGUAGCGAUCAAAUACGUAAUGUCAGAAAUGAAACAUCCAAUAUCGAGGAAAUCAAACAUCAAGUGGUUAUUGAGAAUAAUGAAGAAAAGGAAGCUAAAAUAAUAGACCUGUUAGAUCAAGUCCUGCAAGCUGAAGAAGAAACAUACGGAGAAGCUAUCAGUCUGAAAGACCAAAAUAUAGAAGAAGCUCCUGAUGUCAAAGAAGUUAUCCACAGAAAAUCACUAGGCGAGCUUUCUGACGCAGGGUCUGAUGUAUCAUCAGGUAAUCAAGUAUUAUCUAAAUAUGAUGUAAUAGCACAGGUCCACAGAGAGGAUCUGCCUAAGGUAACUGAAGAAGAAGAAGAAAAAAGAGAUGAUGACGAUGAUCUAGAACAAGAAACAGAACAACACGAGCAAAUCACUGCUUUUAAUGACAGUGAGACCAAUUCAAGGACCGAUGAAUCUGGAUAUUCUGACACGUUAGAUAGAAAUCAUUUCAGUGAGUCUCUUGAAGAGAAAGAGGACAGGGAUGAAGAAGAGGCUCCUAAUAUACCAGUGCCACCGCCAUUAGAUGAAAAUUUUUUUAGAAGUCCAAAUUUUAAGAAAUCUUAUACAAUUUCAUCGAGACCUUUAAAAAAAGAAAUGUCCGAAGAAGCAGAAGAGAUUCCAAGGCAAAGCGUUCAGUCGAAUAACUCUCAUAGCGAUGACAAUAUUACGUUUGGUAGUGAUAGACAAAAACAUUUCAUGAGUAAGCUAAACGAUAUAUUUCAAAACAAGAUAACGAAUAACCAGGAUGAUGAUGAUGAAGAACCAAGAAAAAGAUCCCAGUCGACUGGAAAUGCACCUGAAGACAACACUUUCACCGUAAGUCGUCCAUCUAUAUUCCUAGAUUUGAAAAAGGAGAUUGUCUCUCGUGAAGUGGCUCAGAAUUUGCGACCUGUCAAUCCAGACGAGACGAAAACCGAAGAAGAAUCAACAGAAGAAGAUAAACAAUUGACAAGAGCAGAUUUAAAAUCUAAGUUAGAGAAUAUAUUCGCUGCGGGCGGCCCUCAACUAUUGAAACCUAGGCUGAUGAAAUCUAAUCCUCCUACACCUGAAGAAGCAUAUCAAACUGAUACAUCGAGCACAGAAAGUAUUGCCAAAUUAGCAAAGUUGGACAAAAAUGAUACUUUAAAACGUCAAAAAGCUAAGUUCGGUGAAGUAUUGAAUUCCUUUAGGCUCAGUUUUAACAAAGACGAUGCAGUUUGA